AUGUCGCUCAUUAUGGCUGUGCCGCAUGCGUUCUCUGUCGCUGAGCUCAAGGAUCUUCCUACUGUGCUGGUCUCAGCCUUGAGCUUUAUCCUUAUCCCCGGCGCCCUUAUCUUCUGCCUGCAGCUGUUGCAGCCUGGUCCUGUCAUCAAGGGAGCCAAAGGCUCUCUCAUUGACCAGUAUCUCUUCGGAAUCGAAACAAAACUCGGCUUCCUCUCCGGCCGCAGCGCCUACAAGUUCAACGCCCUCCACGAGAAAUACGGUACACCCACCACUCCUCCACAUCCUAUCAGUGAUCCACCACUAACCCUGCUCUUAGGAAACAUCGUCCGCUUCGCCCCCAACCAACUCUCCUCCAACACCCUCAAAGGCAUGCGCAACAUCUACGGCGCCGCCGGCAAAUCCAACGUCUUCCUCAAAACCGCCUUCUACAAGGCCAUCUCCCGCCGCAACAUCUUCACCGCGCAGGACAUCCACUACCACGCCACCGUGCGCAAGCUGUUCGCCCCCUCCCUGAGCCCGGGGUGCAUGGCCGCCCACGAGCCCGUGAUCAAGGGGUGCAUCGCGCGGUUCCACGACCUCGUCAAGACGCGCAUGCAGCGCGGCAGCGCCCUCAGCCUGAAUGACCUGUACUACUCGCUGUCCGUCGAUAUGGUGUCUGAGGUGUUGCUGGGCAAGUCGCUCGGCUGUAUUGAGCGCGGUCGCCCGUUCUUCUGGACCGAGCAGCUCCCGCGGAUCUUUUACUGGGCGACUAUCCGUGAUCAGUUCCAGGGGUCUGGGAUCCCGACGAUGAUCAAGUGGAUGCUGAGGCAGAUUCUGCGCAAGGGGAUUCGGCAGCGCAGUGAGGAGGCGCGCAUGCGUCUUAUAAGGGAACAACUCAAAGCAACCCACACCCGCCGCGACAUCAUGGUCGAAGUGAUGGAGCGCUCGGAGUCCAGCACCCUUCCCGAAGACGAAAUCGCCGAGAACUUCUCCGCCAUCAUGCUGGCCGGCUUCCACACGACAUCCCACGCAAUUUGCGCCACCAUCUGGCUCGUCCUCUCGCACCCGGACGUCCGCGCAGAACUCCAGACCGAACUGCGCGGCGCAUUUACCUCCACAGACGACAUCUCCCUCGACGUCCUCGCGAAGCUCCCCUGGCUCAACGCCGUCAUCACCGAGGCCCUCCGCGUCUACCCGCCUGUGCCGCUGGGCGGGGCGCGCGUCUCGCCUGGUGCGUAUGUUGACGGGGUCUAUGUUCCUGCUGGUGUCGAGGUCUCAACCUCCCUCUACGCCCUGCACCAUAACAGCGAGUACUUUGCCAACCCGUACAAGUUUGCCCCUGAGCGCUGGAUCGACCCCGCCUCCACGGACAAGAAGGAAGCCGUGCAGCCGUUUCUGCUGGGGAGUCGGUCGUGCAUUGCGAAGUACUUCGCGCAGCAAAUGCUCCUCCUUACCCUGGCGUCGUUCUUCGUUGAGUUCGAUGGCACGUAUGUGGGCCGCGUACGGGACUGGACGACGGACAGUCGGUGCUAUGCUUUCUGGGAGAUUCCGGAUUUGAAGGUGCGGCUGCAGGAUCGGAUGGCUUCUCCCUCCGCCUGA